UUCACUGCAAGGUUACACCUAUUGAUCAUGGCGGACCUGCCACCCAGACUUGAAACCACUGUACAGUACAGCACCAUGGGGGCGGAGGAGGGGCGUUUGCAAUGGUGGAAAGGUAUUUCAACUUCGAAUACUGUGACGUCCUGCAUAGGAAGGCGCUUGCAACUGUGUUCUAUUUUAAGUGUUACCAUAGCGCUGUUUCUGAUUCUUGUGAUCGUGAUGCCUCUCAAGUUUAGCCAACAGGACAAGAUGUUGAAGGAGCUUGAGACAAAAGCAGACAACAUGGCUUUGUCUUUGAACUCACUGCCAAACAAACUGCAACAAAAAGCGCCUCUUAGCCAAGGACCUGAACAUAAAGCCCUGACUGAGGUGAAAAGUGCGCUGACUAAUCUACAGGCCUCGAUAACCUCACUCUCAUCUGAACAACAUAAGACAGCUGACCAACAGAAUAGAAGAUUGACUGAGUUGGGUCAUACUGUCACCGAUCUUAGCCAAUCCGUCAAGGCCUCCUCUUCCAACUCACUGCCUUCCAGUGUAAACUCAGAUGAAAAGGACACCAAGAUAACUAAACUGGAUCACGACAUUGUUGAUUUAUCACAUUCUGUUAAUGCACUCUCAACUGAUUUUCACGAGACAGUAAAGCAUCAGGAAUCAGCAUUGAACGAGCUUAAGACUAAAGCAGACAACAUCCACUCCUCUUUAGAUUCCAUCCCUUCAAAACUUCAAGAAACAGUUGAAAAAGCGGGCAGGAAGAUGGAACAUUCUGUCACCAACCUCACUCUUUCAAUGAAUGCACUCUCAUCUGGCCUUCAGGACACAGUAAGCCAACAGGACACAAAGAUGCAAAAGCUGGAAACUGCAAUGAACAGCAUGUCAUCCUCUUUAGAGUCAGUUGCGUCCAAAAUGCAGCAAACUGAUGAAAAACUCACGUCCAUGUUGAAUGCUCUGUCAGCUGAGAUUAUGAGCAUCAAGCGCAGUAAAGAUAAUCCUACGUAUCGCUGUCAGAACAACUGGAGUCUUAACGCAUCGAGUUGCUACCUCUUCUCUCCGAACAAGCUGACAUGGCAUGAAGCCGGAGACUACUGCAGAACGCAAGGAGCCUCACUGCUAAUACUUAACAAUGCAAAAGAAUGGGAUUUCAUCACCAAAAUCACUGUGUCUGAAUUCUACUGGGUCGGCCUCACGGAUGAAAACACUGGGAAGUGGGCGUGGGUGGAUGGCACUCCUUACGUGAUGGACAAAAGUCAAUGGAAAGUCGGCCAGCCUGAUAACUGGACAAAACAUGGACUGGGGGGAGGAGAGGACUGCGCGGAACUGGCAGAGAGGGGCAAGUUGAAUGAUGAUCACUGUACCCGACAGCGCAAGUACAUCUGUGAACGAGCAGCAACUGGCCUUCAGGACACAGUUAGCCAACAUGACCUGUGGUUGCAAGGGCUUGAAACGGCGAUGAGCAACAUGUCAUCCUCUUUAGACACAGUCCCUUUGAAGCUGCAGCAAACAGUUGAAAAAGAGGGCAGGAAGAUGGAACAUUCUGUCACCAACCUCACUCUUUCAAUGAAUGCACUCUCAUCUGGCCUUCAGGACACAGUAAGCCAACAGGACACAAAGAUGCAAAAGCUGGAAACUGCAAUGAACAGCAUGUCAUCCUCUUUAGAGUCAGUUGCGUCCAAAAUGCAGCAAACUGUAAGCCAACAGGACACAAAGAUGCAAAAGCUGGAAACUGCAAUGAACAGCAUGUCAUCCUCUUUAGAGUCAGUUCUGUCCAAAAUGCAGCAAACUGAUGAAAAACUCACCUCCAUGUUGAAUGCUCUGUCAACUGAGAUUAUGAGCAUCAAGGGCAGUAAAGAUAAUCCUACAUAUCGCUGUCAGAACAACUGGAGUCUUAACGCAUCGAGUUGCUACCUCUUCUCUUCGAACAAGCUGACAUGGCAUGAAGCCGGAGACUACUGCAGAACGCAAGGAGCCUCACUGCUAAUACUUAACAAUGCAAAAGAAUGGGACUUCAUCACCCAAAUCACUGUGUCUGAAUUCUACUGGGUCGGCCUCACGGAUGAAAUCACUGGGAAGUGGGCGUGGGUGGAUGGCACUCCUUACGUGAUGGACAAAAGUCAAUGGAAAGUCGGCCAGCCUGAUAACUGGACAAAACAUGGACUGGGGGGAGGAGAGGACUGCGCGGAACUGGCGGAGAGGGGCAAGUUGAAUGAUGAUCACUGUAGCCGCACAGCGAAAGUACAUCUGUGAACGAGCAGCAACUGGCCUUCAGGACACAGUAAGCCAACUGGACACAAAGAUGCAAAAGCUGGAAACUGCAAUGAACAGCAUGUCAUCCUCUUUAGAGUCAGUUGCGUCCAAAAUGCAGCAAACUG